ACGCGUUCACACCAUGAGGACUUCCUUCGGUAUGCAGCUCAGCAUCCUGGUUUUGGUUGUUCACACUGCACUAUCAUUCACACCACAGUCAGCCGAGAAGCCGACGAUGGCAGCGUGGAAGCGUCCAUCGACGGACGAUGUAUCCCACAGCGGAGAUCAAGACCUUACAACAAAAGAUGUUUCCCGCCGUUUUUUUCUGGGGACUGCGGUUUCGACCGGAAUUGUCCUUGCAGGAUCCAAUAUCGCCAAUGCAGUGGAUGAAGAGACUAUACAUGUUCCCGCCAACCUGAUUUCAGCCGGCGCGACCGAAACGGUCGACUGGCAGGGUAUUUUUCAAAAGGCCUCGAAGAAGGCAUUGGGCGGAGGUAAGGCAGGAGCCGCCGCCGCAGUCGUUCAAGUUUGCUCGCUUAUGUGGCUUCGAACGAGUAUGAAUUAUCAGUAUCGGUAUGGGGGCAAUCUACAGUCUUCGCUCAAUACCUUAUGGGCCGAAGGCGGUAUCGGACGACUGUACCAAGGCCUACCGUUUGCAUUAGUGCAGGGCCCGCUGACACGAUUUGGAGAUACGGCUGCCAACGUAGGUAUUCUGGUUCUACUGGAAACGCUUCCCGCUACCCAGGACUUGCCGCUGCCGUUAAAGACGGCAUGCGGUAGUGUUGCGGCUGGUCUGUGGCGAAUUGUUCUCAUGCCGGUGGAUGCGUCCAAAACGGUCAUGCAGGUCGAGGGAAGCGGGGGGCUCAAACGUUUAUGGGACAGCGUUCUCGAAUCGGGGCCCUCACCACUUUAUCGGGGAGCCUUGGCCCAAGCAGCGGCGACAGCGGCUGGUCACUUUCCGUGGUUCCUCACCUACAACUACUUAAACGAUCAGCUUCCAGCGGUAUCGUCGGAGGCCGAUCUACUGUUAUCCCUCGCUCGAUCCGCGUUGCUCGGGCUUUCGGCUUCGUGCGUCUCUGACUGUGUCUCAAACUCAUUGCGGGUUGUCAAAACAACGAAACAAACGGCUCAGGUCGGCGAAGGGAGUGAUUCUAAGAAAGAAAUUACCUAUCCCGAGGUUGUUGCAAUGAUUCUGGAGCAGGAUGGAGUCGUCGGACUGUUUGGACGAGGGUUGCAAACACGGUUACUGACUAAUAUGAUUCAAGGCGCUGUCUUUAGUGUACUGUGGAGGUAUUUUCAGCAGGUAGGGGUAUGA